CCCUAGAUUUGUACAUGUAUAUAUAGAUGUACAUAUUUCCCUCACUUUCUCCUUCUGUCGUUUGUGUUCUUCUUCUUCUUGCAUAGCUGCGGAUCCAGAGCCUUUCAGAAGUAGUUGAGAAGCAAAAUGAAGGUGAUUGCAGCUUAUUUGCUGGCUGUUUUGGGAGGCAAAGAAACCCCUUCCGCUGAUGAUAUCAAGGAUAUCCUUGGCUCUGUUGGAGCUGAAUGUGACGAUGAUAGAAUAGAACUUCUUUUGUCGGAAGUCAAGGGUAAAGAUAUAACUGAGCUUAUUGCUUCUGGGCGGGAGAAAUUGACGUCAGUGCCUUCUGGUGGUGGUGCUGCAGUUGCAGUGGCUGCAUCUGCUGGUGGUGGUGGUGCUGCUCCAGCUGCUGCUGAGUCAAAGAAAGAGGAGAAAGUGGAGGAGAAAGAGGAGUCAGAUGAUGAUAUGGGCUUCAGUCUUUUUGACUAGAGAGUUCUUUAAUUAUUACCCUUUGCGAAUCAUUUUUCUCCUCAAUUUGGAGCUUCUAAUUGGACGUUGAAGUUUUGUUUUUGAGAUUCAUGUAGUUCUUAGUUUAUACAUUUGGUAGAUGAAACUUUUAGCAAGUUAAAAGUCUGAUUUCCAAUUUGAUAAUAUGUUGGAAUUUGAUCUGUUCUGAGUUACAUGAGCCUUUUCUUCUAUUGUUGGUCAUUCUUGAGACUUGAGAGUGCAUUAUAAUUUUUAUUCAGAAAUA